AUGUCUGGUGUGCGCGAUGGUGCUCGCCUGGCGAGAACCCUGGGGCAAAGGAAGCUGCCUUUCAGAUCACCGCCCUCUUGCGUGAGGAGAUUCGCAUCAGCCAGCGAGGCUAAAGCCCGCCAAAACGACCAUUUGAGCGAUCUGGAGUCGACGACGACUUUUACGUCGCCCGCGCCGGACCAAACGUCAAUUGAUGCGUUCAAUCAGGAAAAUGCAGCCAACUCCAAAGAGAGGAGGCUCCCUGGGAACCGAUACCAAUACCACCCUCCCAAGUAUUAUCGCGGUCCUCUACAUCCCGUUCAGACACCGCCGGCGUCAGAUCCCACCGCCAGAGACUUUGUCCCCGGCCCCUUUAGCUUUCCCCGACUCAAGCACACCUACGACAGCACAAUCGCUCCCGACCUGUUAGCCAUGACCUACCAGCACACGCCCCCUGACACCGUGCCGGCGGUCUCACAAAAGGGCAGCCUGCGACAAUGGGACGACUCAUCGCCUUAUCACAAGAACAGACCUAACCGUGGGCCCCGUGGUGGUGGUUCAUCAAGACUCGGGUUGCUUGAGCGCAAGAUUGACUGGAACAACAUCCCGGACAUUGAAGCAGUCACGAUCAACUCGUAUGCUCCCGAGGCGGCGCAAAAUAAGGAGUACCUACAUGUUGCGCGUGCCGUGGUCCAAGCUAUUAGCGGUGCGUACCCUGAAGUCACCACCGUCAAGCACCACGUUAUCCAGUGGGGUGUCCGAAAGGGCGACAAGGCGGGCGCCAAGGUGACGCUUCGUGGUGGUGCUGCGUACGAGUUUGUCGACAAGUUGGUGACGCUGGUUCUGCCAAAGAUCAAGGACUGGCCGGGUAUCAAGGCUUCUACGGGCGAUGAUUCUGGUAACUUGGCGUUUGGCAUGAAACCUGAGUGGAUGGCGUAUUUUCCAGAGAUUGAGUUCAACUACGACAUGUACCCCCCUAAGCUGGUGCCAGGAUGCGACAUUUUCAUCCACACGACGGGCACAUCUGACCGACAGGGUCGUCUGUUGAUGGAGGCGUUGGGAUUCCCAUUCUACGGCAAGGCAACUCACUAA